AUGUUUCGGGUGGGGCCUCUCAUUCUGCUCCUAGGUUGUUGCAUUUAGAUGCAAGCGGUUCCUUUGAGCAUCACCGCGCUCUAUUCCCCUUCCUUGGCCGAGUGUCCAAACAGGAGACCCCUCCUUAACCUACAGUGGACGAGACUCCUGGGUCUGGCAGUUUGAAAAUGGAUCUGAACCACCUUCUCGCUUGCCUGCUGUUGCUGUUCCUGGGUGCAAGCCACGCUACCACUGACGAAGCUCCCAGCACGCCCCUUUUCUCCUCUCCUUCCCCUCUCCCCACCACCUGGUCCUCCACGCCACAAACAUCCCCCGAAUCCACGCAAGGUCCCACAUCAGACGCCACUGACGUGACAUCUUCGCCCAAACCUUCUCUGACACAGCAGGACCAGGACCACAAGGAGCCCUCAGUCUCCAGCCCACAGACAGAGAAACCCAGGCUUCCCCAAGAGAAGAUGGAGGCUGCUCCUUUCAAGUUUCCUGAGGUUGACAUCGAGGAGUCUGGCGGAAGUCAGCAAUGGGAGACUGCAGCUCAGGGAGUGGCCAUUAUGCUGAUGAAACCCAAAGGGCAACCAUCCUCUGGGGAAGCCCACACCGCAGCUAGCCACGCCAUGGGGCUGUUUCUCGCUGGCUGCGGCCUGCUGCUCUGCCUCUUCAUCGGGGUCUAUUGUGCCUACAGCCGAGGAUCCAAGAAAGAACCGUUUUCCCACCAUCGCUUGUAUGAGGACGGAUUUGAUGACCCUGCCCUCUUCCUGGACAGCCCAAAGGAUUACGACUGGUUCUUCUACGAGACUGACGGUUACGUCUACCCAACGGCCUCCCAAGCCCAGACUCAGCCAAUCCAGACCCUCUCAAUCCCAGCUCUCAAGCAACCGCCCCCCACUCUUGAUGGGUCGCCAGGGAAGCUGUCGUCUUCCGAGGUGGGACAAGACUCCAAGCAGCCCCAAGCAAGCCCUGUGAAGCUGGAGUGCCUGUCCCCAGCCAACCUGCGCACUGGGAACUUCAUCUGAGGCUCUGGACCCUUUCCAGAAAAAAAUAUGGGCUACGUGCAAAUCCCUCUCCCCACUCCUGCAGACUGAAUUCUCUAGGCCAGGGUUAGGCAGAAGGUAGGACAGCCUAUUUACUGAUAGGCUGCUGCUGGAGAAUUUGCGGUAGAUUGGCUCCCCAAAAAAGUAAUGAGAAAAAAUCCACCCCUUUUCCAAAUAUAGAUUUUUUUUUUUUUUUAGAAGUCCUGAUCUGUAGAAAUGCAGAUGCUGUUUGGAAUUUUUUGAUACAUUCUUCCCCUGCAUGGGUUAUGGGUGCAGGAAGUAGUUGACUCCAUCUGCACCCCACACCCCAAGUCACCACUUUGUUCCUUGCUCUGAUUGGUGGAGCUCAGCUUCCUAGCAAAAGCAAACACAAAGCAGAUCUUGCAGUCCUGAAGUUUGCCCACAUGUGCUAUAGAGCACAGCCUCUCUCCAGGUGCCCCCACUUUUGGAAGUGAGGUAGGCAUUCUCACAGUAGUGGAUCCUCGUCUGCAUAGAUGGUUUUUAAUGCUGCCAGUUGUAUUUCAUUGCAUUAUUUUUUUUUAAAUUAUGUGAUACGUGUUUUUAAUGCGAGGUGUUGUAAGUCAAUUUGAGAAUAUGUAUGGAAAGGCGGAAAUAUUUUAAAUAAAUAGAGACAUGGAAACCCAAACAGGAAGCUUCACUUUCUAAAUAAAUAAAUAAAAACAAAUCCCUGUCCAAACCUUGAA